GGACAGUAUUUCACAACUCCAUCUUCACUCACAUCUUUGCAUAAUAGCUUGCAAACACUAUCACUAUAACAACAAUUACAAUCUUCUGCGAGAACGCCUGAAACAAAGAAACAGAUCUGAAAGUCUUGAAUAUGGCUAGCUACUACAACACCACCUCCUCUUACGCUAGCCCCCCGGCUUUCAAGAGAUCUCGAAGCAUCAAGAGCGACCAUGAGAUCGAUCUCAACGGACCCAUUGAGGUUGUUGGAUCCGUCAAGUCUGGAAGCAGCAUCAGCUUGAACGGCGAUGUGAUCGUUCGAGAGAAGGUUGACGCCUAUGGAAGCCUUGGUCUGAAUGGAAGCAUCAGAUGCGAUGGCAAGGUCAAGGCCUAUGGAAACAUCUUGGUGAACGGAUACACUGUUGCCAACGACAAGAUCAAGGGCUGUGGAAAGCUCCGAGUCGUGGGAACACUCGAGGCUACGGACUUGGAGAUUUACGGAAACGUGAGCAUCACAGGACUAUUGAAAUGCCGACGCCUUAUUGUCUACGGAACUUUGACAUUGAUCGGAAGCGACUCAAGCUACUAUGUCGAAGAGUCUGAGCAAGUAGCCGGAGCUGUCAUGAUGAGGGAGACUGAGCCCGACUGGGACUGGUAACUGGGUGUUAUGAUGUGAUUGAAUUGUGACUGGGACGUUUGGUAUUACCAGAUUGGGAAUUGUGCUUUGGGUUUGCUUUGGACUGUAUCUGGCGUCUGGAUAGAUCAUCAUGGAUUCAAUUCUAUC